GCUUUGGACGGAGCGUUCAACCAGGAGAACAGAGAGAAGUGUAAGGCUGCCACCGGCCCGCUGAUCGAAGCCGUGGACAACCUGACCGCCUUCGCAUCCAACCCAGAGUUCGCCAGCAUUCCUGCUCAGAUCAGCCCAGAGGGUCACGCAGCCAUGGAGCCCAUCGUUGUGGCCGCGAAGACGAUGCUGGAGAGCUCGACCGGCCUCAUCCAGACGGCCCGCUAUUUGGCUGUGAACCCCAAAGACCCCCCCAAGUGGUCCGUGCUGGCAGGACACUCCAGGACCGUGUCUGACUCCAUCAAGAAACUCAUCACCAACAUGAGAGAGAAGGCUCCUGGACAGAGAGAGUGUGACGAUUCUAUUGAGGUUCUGAACGGCUGCAUCCGAGAGGUGGACCAAGCGUCUCUGGCAGCCAUCAGCCAGCAGCUCACCCCUCGAGAGGACAUCUCCAUGGAGGCUCUCCAUGAGCAGAUGGCUGCCUCUGUCCAUGAGAUCAGCAAUCUGAUCGAUCCUGUGGGCGUGGCCGCUCGAUCUGAAGCCUCUCAGCUGGGACACAAGGUGUCUCAGAUGGUCAGCUACUUUGAGCCCCUGAUCAUGGCCGCCAUUGGCACAGCCUCUAAGAUCGUCAGCAGCCAGCAGCAGAUGGCCGUGUUGGACCAGACCAAGACCCUGACUGAGUCCGCCCUGCAGAUGCUGUACACGGCCAAGGAGGCUGGAGGAAACCCCAAGGUACUGACAAACAGGAUCU